UGCGAGGCCCCGGGAGGGGGCCCGGCGCGUCCGCCGCCCGCUCGGCGCGGCUCGGCCCGGCCCGGGAAGCGUGCAUGCCCCUGCUGCCCGCGGCGUUCACCAGCAGCAUGCUCUAUUUCCAGAUGGUGAUCAUGGCAGGGACGGUGAUGCUGGCUUACUACUUCGAGUACACGGACACGUUCACCGUGAAUGUGCAGGGCUUCUUCUGCCACGACAGCUCCUACCGCAAGCCCUACCCGGGCCCGGAGGACAGCAGCGCCGUGCCCCCCGUGCUCCUCUACUCGCUGGCCGCCGGGGUCCCCGUGCUCGUGAUAAUAGUUGGAGAAACUGCUGUGUUUUGCCUACAACUAGUCACAAGGGAUUUUGAAAACCAGGAGAAAACUAUUUUAACUGGAGACUGUUGCUAUAUAAACCCACUGGUGCGGCGAACUGUACGGUUUCUUGGAAUUUAUACAUUUGGACUAUUUGCUACUGAUAUCUUCGUAAAUGCUGGGCAAGUAGUUACAGGGAAUCUGGCUCCCCAUUUUCUUGCCCUGUGUAAGCCCAACUACACAGCACUUGGAUGUCAGCAGUAUACACAGUUCAUCAGUGGGGAAGAGGCGUGCACGGGCAACCCAGAUCUCAUCGUGAGGGCAAGGAAGACAUUUCCAUCCAAAGAAGCGGCUCUCAGUGUCUAUGCAGCUAUGUAUCUGACAAUGUACAUUACCAACACAAUCAAAGCCAAAGGAACGAGACUUGCUAAGCCCGUUCUGUGUUUGGGAUUAAUGUGUUUGGCCUUUCUUACUGGACUCAACAGAGUAGCAGAAUAUCGAAAUCACUGGUCAGAUGUGAUAGCAGGCUUUCUGGUUGGAAUAUCUAUAGCAGUAUUUCUGGUUGUGUGUGUCGUAAAUAAUUUCAAAGGAAGACAACCGGAAAAUGAACACCUACACAUGGAUGAUGUGGCACAAAUGCCAAUGAUCAGUAUCCCUCGAGUAGAAAGUCCCUUGGAAAAGGUAACAUCUGUACAGGUGUCCCGAAUCCAAACUAUUGAGAAUGGUCAAGAAGAAAAUUCACAGGGAAGGUCCUUUAAAGACUGUCUUGCAAGGCUCUUCAGAACCACAUCACCGCCUUUGCAGAAGUCACAUGAUAUUGAAGCAAGCGGUUUUUCACUGCACUGGACAUCAUCCCUUUUCACCAUCCAUUCAUAACACCCAAAGUUUGAUUACAAAAGAAGUUUAUAAAGUUUUCUUAAAAUUUUUUAAUUUAAAAACCAGUGUCAACUUAUCUGUUUCCCCCACUAGACUGUGAGCUCCUCAAGGGCAGGACUGUGUCUUUUCUUCUCUAUAUCCCCAGCACCUACAGCAAAGCCUUGCAAAAAGUAGGUGCUCAAUAAUGCG